AUGGGAAGGGCACCUUGCUGUGACAAAGCAAACGUGAAGAAAGGUCCAUGGUCGCCAGAAGAAGAUGCCAAACUCAAAUCCUACAUCGAACAGCACGGAACUGGUGGUAACUGGAUCGCUUUGCCACAAAAGAUUGGCCUUAAGCGAUGUGGCAAGAGUUGCCGCCUGAGGUGGCUGAAUUAUCUCCGCCCUAACAUUAAGCACGGAGGUUUCUCCGAAGAAGAAGACAACAUUAUUUGCAGCCUUUACAUUAGUAUUGGAAGCAGGUGGUCAGUGAUUGCAGCCCAAUUGCCAGGAAGAACUGAUAAUGACAUAAAGAACUACUGGAACACUAGGCUGAAGAAGAAGCUUCUAGGGAAGCAUCGGAAGGAACAACAAGCACGUAACAAAGGAAACGGUGUUGUUAAGCAUGAGAGCUAUUCUUCAUCCAUGGUUCAGGAAAAUAGUACUCAACAACAGCCAUAUUGGCCACAGAUUCCUUUGCUGCCACCGAUGCCAUACACAAACCAAGGUCCAAGUUUCAACGACCAAGACUCUAUUAGAAAACUGUUAAUCAAGCUUGGAGGGAGAUUCUCUGAUGAUUAUCAACCUAUCCUUGAUGGAUUGAAUCUUCAGUUCCCAGAUGGUUGUUCUCCCUCAUCAACACAACAAAAUAUUCAUGAAGAGCAAAUCCCUGUUGGCUCUUCUUGUUGCAUGAACUCUAUUAACAACAACGAAGUUCAAUUUGCUCAGAUUAAUGAGUACUGUUCUGACUUGAUGCAAGGACAAGGUAGUUUCACUGCAGCAAUUGGGGAAAUGGUUUCUACUAAUUAUUAUCCGCACAGAUUAAGUGGGUUGGAGUUCCUCUAUGGAGAGGACAUGAUUACUGAUAAGAUAAUGUGCACUUCUUCAACUUGUGGCCAAAGCACUAAUUGGGGUGAGACAAGUUCUUUGAUGAAUCCUCCAAUUGUUGCUUCCAAUUAUGAGGGUGUGAGGCAAGAGAUGCCACGAGAAUGUUCUUUCCAAGAGUUGAGCUACCCGGGGGCUCAAUAG